GAUUUUAACAAACUGCACUUAACUAAGAAAUGUGUUUGCCCUGUUUUGUUUUCUUUCAAUAAAUGACAUGGCACCUCCUUGUAGGAAGGAAGCAGGGUUAAAACCCUAAAGUGUAACUGCAAUUGGCCUUUAAUUGGGGUGGGAACUUCUGCAAGGGGAAAUGAUUUACUCAUUUGUUAAACACUGAGGGAGUUGUGUUCCUGUCCCAGAUUUUAGUGCUAAGGAUAUCCCUUUAACCGAAAGCUCCAGUUUAAAAUAUAGUAACGGGGAGAUUUGCUUUGCUUUCCUUUGGCUUCUUGAGACAAAGUGUUCCUAUGUAAUUUUUGGGUUUUUUUUUUUUUUGUUGUUUUAGAUUGGGUUUUUUUGAGAUGGUCUCUCUUUGUAUGGCAGGCUGGCCUUCAACUCCCUGUGUAGCUCAGGCCUGCUUCAGCUUCUUGAGUGCCAGGAUUUCAGGCAUGCACCACCAAGCCCAACUGAUAGUUUUUUAAGUGGUCAUCUGUCUGUCAGUCCCAAAUCCCUUCAAGAAUAUCUUAGUAGAAGGCACCAAACAGGUCCUGUAGGCAGAGGGACAGGUGGGACCAGUGGGAUAGAUGGGCUGCUGUACUCAGAGCCGUAUGUUGGCUGGUUGUGCAGCUCAGUCCUGCCCCAGGCUUAUUGGACUUCAGGAGCUUCGUUACUAGUAUGCUUUGGAUGUCUUUUCAACUGUCCUGGACAUUGUUGGAGGCGUAGUAUGGCCAAGGUAGUCCUUUGUGGAAAUCCUGGUUCUCUCAAAGCUCCCCCUCUGUAAGGAUUGCACAUCUAUCGUCAGAAAGUAGCAGCACAGAGAUGGUGAGAGGAGUGCUUCCUGGGAAGUAACAGGAAAUGAGCUGUUAGUUGCACCUCCACAGCCUAUCAACCUCUUGCCUUAGCAGCUUCGUUUUUUCCAUUCCCUGUACAUGGUGUUUUCUUGCCCUGGAGAGACAAAUGCCAGGGUACAGGAGUGACAGAGCUCAGACCUCACAUAUGCCUCAUAGGACCGCGGAACCUUGUGAAAGGGAGGAGUCAGGGUGAUGGCGCAUGCCAGGAUGUUGAAGCAGGAGAGUAUGAGUUCAAGGCCAACCUGAACUAUGUAGUAAGACCCUGUCUCAAGAAAAAAAAAAAAAAAAAACUCAAGCUCUCAUUUGGUGCAUCUGAACAUGAGAUGGGCCCUGAGCAGCUAAAAGUGAUCCUGCUUCAGAAAAGCUGCAGUGCUUCAGGACCUGUAGUCUUGAGAUCUUUUGCAGCAGGUACCUACAUUGGGCCAUUAGUGCCCUCUGCUGGCCUUAAUAUGCCAAUGUAGUUCCCACCUACAGGAUGAAGCACACCCAGCUUUAGAUCCUUCACAUGGAGAUCUCGUUCUGCCUGUUCUCAGCCAGUAUCUGGAUUAUCAUAGCUGCCUUCUCAGAGCUCUCCAGUCCGUUACCUUGAUCCCUUGGUUCAAACCCUGUAGGACAAAGAAGCUCAAGCCAUUUAAUAAGGCUUAGGAGUCCCUGCAUGGUCUGGUACCUGGUGACCUUGAAGGCUUUCACCUCUCCUCUGAUCCAUAUUUCAGACUCAGAUCAAUGGUUCUUUCGUUUGAGAGUCAAAUACUUUGUGGAGCAUAAAAAAUGUAUGAAUAUCUGCUUUGUUCUUAGGAUUUUAUCUAAACACUAGUGAGACAUCCGAACCCUUAAGAGCCCUAUCAUGGCCUUCAAGUUAGCACCCCUUUUUGCUCCCCAGCCAUACUGAAGUGCUUGUCAUAAUCAGAAUUAUCCAUGCCAGUUAUCCUGAGGCCCUUAAGGGACUCUGCUUAGCAAGCCUUAGCUUAGGCUUCCCUUCCGGAAAGACAUCUAGUCUAACCCAGACUGGAGUACCUAACCCUCAGACCACAAGCAGGUCCAUCAGAGGUCUGGCCAUUCGUUUGUCUUUACAGGCCUGGUCUGCUCUGCAAAUCAGGACCAAAAUUCUUCCUCUAAAUGUGUGUUUAGCACCAGGUUGUGGGAACACAAAAUGGUAAGUUCUAUACUUGAUUCCAUCAUCCAUCUCCUGCCACCCAAGGACUGAUGAGUUAAGGCUUCUAAAUGUUGCUUGUAAAGAAAGUGAUAGAAUUCUAAAAAUGAGCAAAACUUGAGUGAUAGCUCCACCUCUUGGAGAUUAGUUACUAGACCGCCUUUCCCCAAUAUUAAGCACAUUAGGAGCUGCAGUAAUAGCAGCGAACAAAUAAACCACGGUUUGAGUCUCCUGGUUCUCCACGUUCAAGUAGGAGGUGCUAACUGCCUGCCUUUCUGGCUGAGGGUGGGGCCUCGAGAGAUGCACGCAUGCGCAUAGGAAGAUCCGGCGAGGAACCGGAACCUUAGUGCCCGGACGCAGUGGAGCAUAUGACUCUUAAAGCGCGCACAGACGGAAGUGGCUACUGAGUGCGUAGAGUCGAAGGUGGUGCGCUGGUCUCAGUUCGGCAGUUGACACGUCGGAGAGAUUCAGGAUGGAGGCGGUGGCGGCGAAGGAAGCGAAGGAACCCGACGAGGGCUGCCUGGAGCCCAGAUCUGGGCACUGGGGGGAGCUCAGCCAGGUAUCAGUUCCAUCUAAACCACAGGAAAAAGUGAAAGCAGCGGGGAGCACACCAGGGGCCCUGGACAGUGACGAGCCCAGAACUGAGAACGCAGCAGUCAAUGCCAUGCUGCAUGCUGUGGCUGCCAGCCGCCUGCCUGUGUGCAGCCAGCAGCAAGGCGAGCCUGACCUGACGGAGCAAGAGAAGGUGGCCAUCCUGCGGCAGCUGUACCACGAGAAGCCGCUGGUGUUCCUGGAGCGCUUCCGCACAGGCCUCCGAGAGGAACACCUGGCCUGCUUUGGCCACCUACGUGGUGACCAUCGUGCUGACUUCUACUGCGCUGAGGUGGCUCGGCAGGGCACUGCCCGGCCACGCACCCUACGCACCCGCCUGCGAAACCGGCGCUAUGCUGCCCUUCGUGAGCUCAUCCAAGGGGGUGAAUACUUCAGUGAUGAGCAGAUGCGGUUCCGGGCCCCCCUGCUGUAUGAGCAGUACAUCGGGCAGUACCUCACCCAGGAGGAGCUCAGCACCCGUACACCAGUCCCUCAGCCCCCUAGACCUGGCUCCCCCAGCAAACCCACCUGCCCACUCUCCGAUCUGCUGCUUCAGUCCUAUCAAGAGCGGGAGCUGCAGCAGCGGCUGCUCCAGCAGCAGGAGGAGGAAGAGGCUUGCUUGGAGGAAGAGGAAGAAGAGGAGGACAGUGAUGAGGAAGACCAGAGGUCAGGCAAAGAGUCAGAGGCCUGGGUGCCUGACUCAGAGGAGAGGCUGAUCCUUCGAGAGGAAUUCACCAGCCGGAUGCACCAGCGCUUCCUAGAUGGCAAGGAUGGGGACUUUGACUACAGCACAGUGGAUGACAAUCCCGACUUCGACAACCUGGACAUUGUAGCACAGGAUGAAGAGGAGAAGUACUUUGAUGAAGAGGAACCAGAGGAUGCACCCAGCCCAGAGCUGGAUGGGGACUGACAGCUGCCCCCCUCUAGCCAGCCCCCAUGGCCACCCCACCCCACCAAGCAGCUGAUGACAGACAGGCCAGCUCAGCAACUCUUUGGGGGCUAUCAGGGCACACGAACACAUAUGCAUACAUCCCACUAGCCUGCCUGGGUCUGGUCUUCUCUGAAACAAUACCACUACCUGUUUACAAGCCCUCCUCCCUUUCUUUCUUUCCCUUAUUCUCUCCAUCACCUGCUUCUUUUUUUUUUCUUGCUGUUAUUCUGGUUUAUUCUUUUGUCUCAUCUCCUUUGCCUUUUUUCCCGGUAUCUGGCCACUCUGCUCCCCAAUUCAUUUCCCCCUCUAUCCCCCUCCCUCCAUCUCUCUCCCUAUUCCUUAGGCUUUGUCCCCACAGGAGGUCCAGUCCAGGAUGAACGAGACACCAAGGCCAGCCAGUGGGGCCCGUCAUGGCUAGAACAGGCCAUUUGAUUUCAGGGUGGCUGUAGUGGGACCCAGAACAGCUCUUCCCUUACACAGGCUACCUCAGUCUUCUUCCACGGUCUGUCUGGGUCUGUGCCACUUCCCGCCUCAGCACCACCUGCCUAGGGUGUUGUGUUCCCGUCUCACCUUCUGCUUUGUUCUCUGGGCCUGUCCUUUCAGCUUGUACAUUUCCACUCCUUUCCCAGCUGUCUCUGUCCCUCUCUGUCUCAAGUUUAGCUCUCUGGGUUUCAGUCUCCCCAGGCCUGACUGCCUUGGGCAGCAGAUCCUUAACUGCUGAAUAGUGCAGCCUCCCUGUGAGCAUAACUGGGGAUCAUAGGCUGCUAGCCUGGGGGUAAGCAGGGGCAGAGAAGAGGAGCUGUCCUCCACUGGCCCCCUGUGCCCAGACAGUUUUCCUUCAUUUCCUCUGCCUGUUUCCCUCUCCUGUUUACACUCCCCGAAUGUGCACAGGCUGUUAUCAUGGGUCCUGAGUCAUCCCACACGCAGGCUGCCCCAGCAUCCCUGCCCCAGCCAGCCGCAGGGCCCGCCCCACUGAGCCCCCUGCCGCCCCAGGCUAAUGGGAGCCAGAUGGCUGCCUGUGACUCAGCCAUAGCCUGUGGGAACCCAGGCGUCCCACCUUCCCAUGCCCCACGCCUGGGCCCUGUUCCCCCAGCAGACACAGAAGAGACUGGCCGCUGUGAGCAGGGCAGGGGGAGCUACAGGCCAGGGGCUGGCAAGCGUGGGUCCUGGAACCCCUCAGUCCUAUGAGACACAGUGGCAUCCUGCCUUGUCCGUGACUGAAGGACAUUGAGAAGCACCUCUUGACCCCAGACCUGGACUCUGCCCUCGGUCAACCGGAAUCAAAACCAGACAGGCAAGUGAAAGCUGGAAGGACACAGAGGGAUUUGCAGCUGGAGGGAUUAUUACAUAGUGAAAGCUUCAGCUGCAGAGCAGUUCCGUCCUGCGCUGAGCCCAGGAGACAUGCCUGACACCACGAGGCAGCCUUGGAACAGCUCUUGAACUAGAGACCAUCAACUCUGUUUCACAGAUGCCACAGGAGGCCCUGACAGAUGUGCUUCCCAAGGUCGCUUGGCCUCAGAGGCCAGGCUGGGAUGGGAACCAAGUGCUAGAAACCUGUCUGCAAGCCAGCAUGUCAGAUGUUAGGCCACAGACUAAGGGGGGGAUGUAAGAGCAGGCAGGUGUGUAGGAAGAUGGCUAGCGCACUGCCAGACACUGCCCACCAGAUGGGACCAAGACAUCCUCGUCUAGGUCGGGGGUGCUCAGAUUGCUGGGUCACCACACCGUCCCAGGAAGAGGUGCAUCCAGUACUACUGACUCCAUGUCCCCGAGCAGCACACAACCAUGAGGCUGAAGACAGUCCAGACAGGAUCUCCAGGACUGAAGACAUUUGCCUCAGAUAUCCACGUUCAUGUUCUCAGUGACAGCUAUAGUUACUGGUACAUACUUUUGAUUGGUCUUUGAUUCAAUCAUUAAAUUUGGGGGCUGGGGAUUUAGCUCAGCGGCAUAAGGGCCUGCCUUGCAAGCAGGCAGUCGUGAGUUCGAUCCCCCGUACCGAUAAAAAGGAAAAAGACAAAAUAAAAAAAAAGGAAAAUGACAAAAAAAAA